AUGUUUGGGAGCGGCAACAUUGUCGAGGAGAAUGCUGUCAUCAUCAACAGGGGACCGGAGGCACUGAUCAUUGGUGACAACAACGUCUUUGAGGUUGGAAGUGUUAUGGAGGGCAUGAAGAUUGGCAACAGGAACACGCUGGAAGUCAAAGCACAUGUCAAAUCCGGGACAUGGCUUGGUGAUGAGUGUGUGAUUGGGACAGUGUGUGCGACGAAUGAGAACGAGAUAUUGCCCGACAGGACGGUGAUCUAUGGUUCUCGUGGUGACCGUCGCAUCUUUACAGGAAGUCGCGCCAACCAGGCAGCGGUGCAUUCAAAGCAUUUGGAGUACUUAAUGCAGUUUUUACCAAAGUACAACCACGCGCGGUCAUCGUCUUAG